CAGCAUCGAAAGGCACACCUGGCACAGGUGACUGUUAUUUUGGAGGCAAUUACUUUUUCAUAAGACAAGGUUGGGGAUUAACUUCAAAUUGUAAUAUUCAGAUGUCAACUUGUCAAACGUCUUACUUCACUAGAAGAACCUGGGUUGCAUAUAGAAAUACUGAUGACAUAUGUUCUGUUAGGUCAUUGGUGGUUAACGAUGUGUAUUCCUGUAUGAAACGUGUAUGUGAUACCAAAGCGAAUGUUUUAGAUUUCUUCACUGACACUGGACUAUGUAAAAUUAUGCACUGCAGAUGGAAUUUCAAGACUUGGGAAAAUAAUUUUAACUUCUCAAAUCAGUUGAGAUUAUCGGAUAAAGUGACUACGUAUACAUGGCAUAUAAUAGUACCAGAGAA